CUUCAAAUAGCUAUUUGUCACUUUGUCUGUUAUCAUGUGAUCUAAUAUCAUUCUGAAAACUUAUAUUGUAUAACAAAAUACAUAAUAAUUAAAUUUUAUAAUUUAAAAAAGAUUAAUUUGAAGUUUUUAAAAUUUUUAUUAAUAAAAACUAUUAAAAAAUGAAUUCAAUACCACCUACUAAACCUCCCAGAGGUAUUAAACCAACUAAAGAAACAAGUGGUUUAUUGAUUUCUGUAAUUCGAGCAUUAUCAGCAAGUGAAACUAAUGAACAACGAGAAAUAGAAAAGGCUAAACUUGAAAAAGAAUACAAAAAGAGUGAUCAAAGACUUGAUGAAUUGGUAUCAUUACAUGAUCAGGAUCUUACAGAAGUUAUGCAAAUAUUUAGUGUUUUGUCAGAGAAAGUAACAGCAUCUCGAGAAAAAAUUCAUGCUGUUAAGGAAAAUUUGAAUGCCUGCAAACAAUUAUUAAGAUGUAAACGAGAAGAAUUGUUAAAUUUAUGGCUUGAAGGUAUUGAACAUAAACAUGUUUUGCAUCUUUUGAAAGACGUGACUCCUGAUUCUUGCACCAAAAUGUUACCUUUAACAGAUGCAGAUACAUUAUCAAUAUCUACAUCAUAUAAUACAUCAGAUUGAUAAUUAUUGUAUUUAUUUCUAUAUAAUCAUAAAUUAGUUGUAAUUUAAUUAUUUUAUAUUUAUAAAAAAACAAAAUAUAAAAUUUAAAUAUAAAUUAUGAAUUUAUAUUAUAUAAAA